UACAAAUAACUACUAAUACGUGUUUACGUUUAGCCAUUUUGAUCUGACGUGAUUUAUAUUGUUUUAGUAAUACGUUGGAACUGAUUGUGUUUUAAUUGUCAACAGAUCGCACCAGCGAGAACAAUGCGAGCUCACUGAUACGAGCGCUUCCUGACCAGCUGCGACCCGGAUCGCCGACAAAAUGCCUUAUCACAGCACACUGCAGCCCCGGCCUCAGUACUCGGACAGUUAUCAUCCGCGGGCGACCCCCGCGCUACCUAAGCAAGCUCAUUAAACAAAUUAUGAGAAAAUGGGUGACGAACACCGUUCAUUUGUGGCGUUAAAGCGGUGCGGAAAUGACAUGUGAUUGAUGUGUGCUUAUUGGAAGUCAAAAUGGGUGAUUUGUCACCGAGUGCGUACGACAAUACGGACGACAAUUUGACUCAGUUUAAGCUUGAUGACUACUCCGACGAGGCUCUGGCGAAAAUGGAGCUGUUCAAGGACUACCCGGAGGGCUUGUUGAGGUUUGCGUCGGUGUGCUGCGUCCUCUUCAUGUUGGUGGGGAUCCCGGGGAACCUCAUCACUAUCAUCGCCUUAGCGCGGUGUAAAAAGGUCCGAAACGCAACCGCGGUGUUCAUAAUGAACCUCUCCUGCUCCGACCUCCUCUUCUGCUGCUUCAACUUACCCCUAGCGGCCUCGACGUUUUGGCAGCGCUCCUGGGCGCACGGCAGGACGCUCUGCCGCAUGUUCCCGCUGGCUAGAUAUGCGCUGGUCGCGGUGUCGCUAUUCACCGUGUUGGCUAUUACCAUCAACAGAUACGUCAUGAUAUCACACCCGCGGCUCUAUCCCAAGCUGUAUAAAAGGCAGUAUUUGGCAGUUAUGGUGGCAAGUACUUGGGCGUUCGCGUUUGGAGCGCUCAUAGCGACGUGGUUCGAGAAAUGGGGACGUUUCGGCCUCGAUCUCAGCAUUGGCUCCUGUUCUAUACUUCCGGAUGACAACAAAAGAUCUCCAAAAGAGUUCCUCUUUGUGGGUGCGUUCAUGCUUCCCUGUCUCGCUAUAGUUAUUUGUUAUGCGAGGAUAUUCUGUAUAGUUAGAGAAGCAGCAAGAAAAUCAAGAGCACCGGCGCGGAGCCGGACCCGACCCGGACGAGAAGACUCGGCUAUGGGCUCGGCGUCCACUGCGGUAGAAAGGUCGCCGGGCCCUGAAAAUGGAACUAACCACGCGGCGCCUCCGCGAAGAAAUUUUCUUGCUCCACCAGUCUUACACUGUCCACCGACUCCAGGCCCUGAGCGAUCCUCAUCCUCAGGCGUAGAUACCUUAGACGGGCACGACGAAGAAUGUGCACUAGACUCUAAGCGGACGCCAAGCGGUAGCGAGACGACUAAAAGACUUCGCCAAGCGGCCGCAGCUUUAAAGCGAGCACCAGGACCCGUCCGUGCACCGCGUCUUACGCCAAAAGACAGGAAACUAUUAAAAAUGAUUAUGGCAAUUAUGCUCUCGUUCUGGGUAUGUUAUCUCCCUAUAACGCUCACGAAGAUAUUUCGCGAGUUCACUUCGUAUCCGCUGGCAAACAUCGCUGGGUAUAUCCUUAUCUAUUUGACGACGUGCAUCAACCCUAUUAUUUAUGUAGUGAUGUCCAGUGAGUAUCGGCAAGCCUACAAGAACCUGCUCAUGUGCCGCCGAAAAGCGUGACGGUCACCUGGAGAUGGCGUAGCCGAGAAGCAGCCGCCGUGACUAGUCGUUGACAGGGGAAGUCACUGUAUCUCCCUCCAACCGAUGAAUAAUAGUAUUUCGCAAAGAACUUCACUCUAAAUACUCUUGUGAGACUAUAUAAUUAGCGAGUAUCUAUAAGGUACAAGUAAGUGUGAAGUGUUUUUUUUUACAACAAUCGUUUUAAUUGCGAACCGUCCGUGAUUGUGCUAGUGGAGGUGGGAUGAUGUUGACACGUAGAUAUGAGACUUUCAUUGGUUAGUAAGUUAUUAUUGAUAUUUAAAGUAUAC